AUUUUUUAAAACCUGCUUUUGUUCUGUUUUCAGAGUGAAAUCAGCCUGUUUUCUACAAGCGCAUCCCUGUCGUAAUCCCUUCAUCAGCACAUUAACAAAGGAGGCUGAUGUUUGUGAGCCAUCGCUUCAUCCCCUCCCUGCAAACACUGCUGCUCAUCUAAAAGCCUUUUGCAAGCAGAGAGAGCAGCCAACAUGGCUCUGGACUCCCAGCUCUGGCCUCCUCUGAUCUUGCUGAGCGCUGGAUGUACUCUUAUCCUUCUGUCACCUGUGUGCGGCAAGGAGUGUCCUCGAUUAUGCGUGUGCGAGAUCCGCCCGUGGUUUACCCCCCAGUCGACCUACAAGGAGGCGACUACAGUGGACUGCAACGACUUGAGGCUGACGCACAUCCCCACCAACCUAUCAGCAGACACUCAGGUGCUUCUGCUUCAAAGCAACAUCAUCUCUCACACCACUGGAGAGCUGCAGGCCCUGUUCAACUUGACAGAACUGGAUUUGUCCCAGAACAACUUCACCACUGUGGGAGCUGUUGGCCUCAGAAACAUGAACCAUCUGACAACCCUCCAUCUGGAGGAGAACCAUAUCACUGAGCUACCAGAUCACUGCCUGGGGAACCUCUCCAGCCUCCAGGAGCUCUACAUCAACCACAACCAGAUAAGCUCCAUCUCCCCUCGAGCAUUCGCAGGCUUGAGCAGUCUGCUGCGGCUCCACCUCAACUCAAACAGGCUCCAUGUCAUAGAUAGCCGCUGGUUUGAAGAGACACCGAAUCUCGAGAUCCUCAUGAUCGGGGAGAACCCAGUUAUGGGACUUCUGAACAUGAACUUUAAGCCUCUUGGAAACCUGAGGAGUCUGGUUCUGGCAGGCAUGGAUCUCACUGAUGUUCCUGCUAACGCGUUUGUGGGUUUGGAUAAUCUGGAGAGCAUUUCAUUCUAUGACAACAAGUUGGUCAGAAUCCCUCAGCUGGCCCUUCAAAAAGUUCCCAAUCUGAAAUUCUUGGAUCUAAACAAAAACCCAGUUCAGAAAAUCCAAGAAGGAGACUUCAGAAACAUGUUGCACCUGAAAGAGCUGGGCAUCAACAACAUGAUGGAGCUAGUGUCCGUUGAUCGCUACGCUCUGGACAACCUGCCAGAACUGACUAAGCUAGAGGCCACCAACAACCCUAAACUGUCCUACAUCCACAGAUUGGCAUUCCGGGACAUGCCGUCCCUCGAGAGCCUGAUGCUCAACAACAAUGCUCUAACUGCUCUUUACCAGCACAACGUGGAGCUCCUGCCCAACCUGCGGGAGAUCAGCAUCCACAGCAACCCGCUGCGCUGUGACUGUGUGAUCCAGUGGAUGAGCUCCAACAGGACCACGGUGCGCUUCAUGGAGCCUCUAGCCAUGCUCUGCACCUCCCCAUCAGAGCUCAGAGGCCAGCGGGUCCGAGAAGUACGAUUCCUAGAGUCCUCGGAGCAGUGUCUCCCCCUCAUAUCUCAUGACACCUUCCCCAGCCAUUUGAACCUCGAGCUGGACGCUAGCGUUAGCCUGGACUGUCGGGCCGUAGCCGAACCAGAACCAGAAAUCUACUGGGUGACGCCUCUAGGAAACAAAAUCACAAUGGACACCGUGUCAGAGCAGUACCACCUAAGCAGCGAGGGGACUCUGCACCUGUCUCAUGUGCAGGUGGAAAACUCUGGCCGCUACACCUGCGUGGCUCACAACACGGAGGGCGCCGACACGUGGGUCACCACGAUCCGAGUGAACGGGACUCUUCUGGACAGCGCUGAGGUGAUGAAAAUCUACGUCAAGCAGACCGAAUCCCACUCCAUCCUGGUCUCCUGGAAAGUCAACUCUAAUGUCCUGUCCUCCAACCUGAAAUGGGCCUCAGCUACCAUGAAGAUCGACAACCCGCACAUCACCUACACCGCCAGGGUUCCUGUAGACGUUCACGAGUACAACCUGACACACCUGCAGCCUGCUACAGAGUAUGAAGUGUGUCUCAUGGUCUCCAACAUCCACCUGCAGACGCACAAGUCCUGCGUUAACGUGACGACACGCGGGGCUACCUUCGCUCUGGACCUGUCUGACCAGCACCCGAGCGUGGCCGUGCUGGCGGUCAUGUCAACCAUGCUGGCCUUCAUCAGCCUGGCCACUGCUGGCGUCUACAUGGCUCGCAGAUGGAAAAGGAAAAACUACCACCACUCCCUGAAGAAGUACAUGCUAAAGACCUCGUCCAUCCCUCUUAAUGAGCUCUACCCUCCACUCAUUAACCUGUGGGAGGCCGACGGGGAGAAGGACAAAGACGGCAGCACAGAGGGGAAGCCUUCUCCUGUCGACACCACACGUAGUUAUUAUAUGUGGUGAGGACAUCAGAAAGAGGUAGACACCCUCUCCAGCAGCACAAUGAGACACUCUUUUGCCAUUUUGGUGCAAAAGUGUAAGUCGCGAAUGUUUUAUUAUUAUUUUUUUGUUUAAACAGCUUUGCUAAUACGUAGCAGAGUGAUCGAAAGCAGGAUGUUCAUUACCAUAGCGUAUCGCCCGAGUCUCAUCUCUUAUUGGUUCUGGAGACGGCAGCUGUAUUUAGCCUCCAGGUGGGUCUUAGUUGCUCUGCUCUGUGGUGCGUUUUUGACUCAUUUUAUGGAAAAAUGAACAUUUUCUUUUCUUUGUUUUGUAAAACAGUUAAUCUGUUGUGCACUGAUAGAUAAAGAGGUUUGUAAUAACUUCCGAUUUAAAAACUGACAGCAGGGUUUAGACUCGGUAAAUUGUCUAAUUAAUGUUAGCAGUUGUGCAGUAAUGUUGUAUCAACUAUACCUUUGAACUUUCUAAUUUCCAUUAAAGAAAGUAGGACUUAGCCUGCUAAAUGACUGCUAGAAAUACAAACAUCUGUGAAAACCUCUCAGUUUUGUUUGUUUAGAUGCACUAGGAAGACGUAAGACUUUAUUUACGAAUUCCUUUGUUUUGAUUUUUGUAGCUAAUUGUUUAGUUUAUUACUUUCUCAUGCAACGUAUAUACUGAAUACAUCAUGAUAAAUAAAGUUUGUGUUCAUUUUUUUA